CUUGAACUUUCCAAGUGAAGUCGUCCCCCGGGAAGACUUCAAUCUGUAGUGUUCUUUACUCUUCACCUUCUUAUUAAGUCUUAAUAGGAAAAAGGAAUUGCAGUAGCUCCAUACAUCUCUAGUAAGAUGGAGAACUCAUCAAAACUUGGCUUCUUCCAAAUAAUCAAAGAAUCCAUGAAAAUCCCAUUGAAGAAUCCCACCUUCAUUUUCUUAACCUUCCUCACUUCCUUCCCUCUCUUCUGCUUCCUCGUUUUCUACGAAAUCAUCUUCCAGCAAAUCCUCAUUGAAUCCGCAAAAAUAUUGCACAACACAUCAGAGCCUUUUCUCGAAUUCUUUGGCAAUGACUACGAAAGAGUUUACGAAAUCGGCAACUUGUUAAGCAAAGUUUCUCCCAUGGCUCUUUUACUGGGAUUCUUAUUUACAGCAACCCUCCAUUUGCUAGACCUUUUCAACACCACUGCAAUUAUCGAUAUCGCGUCGAAAAUCGUUGCGGGAGAAAAACCCAUCAGCCUCAAACACAUGAUUAGCAGAUCCAUCAACGAAACGAGGUUCAAAGCCCCACUAAUUACCUCGCUUUGCUCUCUCUCUUUAGCCGCCCUCGUUGUCCUUGGACUGCUCUCCUUUGCAACAUACAUAUAUAUAAUGGUAUCGGCAAGUGCUUUCUUGGUGCCGAUGUUUAUGGUGCUUUUCAUGGCUUUGUUGGCCAAGUACGUGGAAUGGAGCGCCGUUUGGAACGUGGGAAUUGUGAUUUCGAUUAUGGAAGAUAACAGACAAGGCGAUGUGGCGUUGCUGGUUUCAUCGUAUCUCACCAGAUGUAAUAGGAGCGGUGGGUUCUUGCUGAUGCUUGGAUUCAUCGGUUGGAGAUUUGGGCUACGAUUUGCUUUCCUUUAUCAGAGAUGGAACAAUAGCAACAGCAGUAGCAUUGUUGGGAUUACUGCAGUGCAAAUCGGCCUGGUUUGCUUGGGGAACUUGCUCAAAUGGCUUGCCCUCAUGCUUUACUUUCAUGAUUGUAAGAAGCAUAGUUCGUAUCAGAUUACUGAUGUUGAAGAGUCAAGAAUCCAGAAAUGACGACUUGCACUUCCAAGAAGAGACUUUUCUAAUAAUAUGUAUAAUUGCAAUGUUUUUUUCCCCUUUCUUUCAAGGAACUGUUAUGAGUAAAUCGUGAUAUUGAG